AUGUCUUCCCGCCGUCAAGUUGACCAGGAUGGAGUUGACCUACUAAAUGAUCUAGUUGCACGACUUUAUAUCAAGACCCCAGCCCUUGCAGAGGACGUUCGCCUCCUUGUUGAAGAAGCCAUUGAGCGCGGUGAUGAUGGCAUAAAUAUUCCUGAUCAUCUAGAGGAUGAGCUUGUUUCGGGUCCAGGUGAGCCCCCUGUGACUUUGGGAGAUUGGAUUCCUGGAACUGUUGAUUUACUCCUUCCUCCCGGAGACGAAUACCAUGCCACUCGCCAUGCCACCCCUUCUGCUCACCAUUCCACUCGUCACGAAACCUCUGGAUCUUCACGCUCUCAUAGACACGAGGCUCCUGCUGCAUCUUCUCGCUCUCACCGACAUGUAGCCCCUGGCCCUCAGCACACUCACCGUCAUGAGAUUCCUGGAUCUUCGCGCUCCCACCGACACGAAACUCCUGUUGCACCUUCGCGCUCUCAUCGACACGAAACCCCUGGCCAUCAGCACACCCACCGACACGAGACUCCUGUUGCAUCUUCACGCUCUCACCGACAUGAAACCCCUGGCCCUCAGCACACUCACCGUCAUGAGACUCAUGGAUCUUCACACACUCACCGUCAUGAAACUCAUGGAUCUUCACGCACCCACCGACACGAAACUCCUGCUGCACCUUCGCACUCUCACCGACAUGGAGCUCCUGCUGCACCCUCGCACUCUCACCGACAUGGAACUCCUGGCCCUCAGCACGCUCACCGUCAUGAAACUUCUGGAUCUUCGCGCACCCACCAACAUGCCCACCAUGCCCACCCCCACCAACACGCCCACCCCCACCACCAUGCUCACCAUGACCACCACCACCAUGCCAGCUCUGCACCUCGUCGUUCUCGAAAUGCUGCCCCUGCGGGAGCCGGAGGACCCCAAGACAUCAUCAGCCAGCUGACUCGGCCCAUUGUGACUCAGACUAUGCUUGACGACAAUGACACCACCUGUGCGAUUUGCCAGGAUGACCUCAAUGUUGGAGAUGAGGUUAUUCUUCUCCCUUGCACGCACUGGUCUUUCCACUCUGCUUGCUUGGAGCCUUGGCUUCGUCGAUCCAACACUUGCCCUACUUGCCGCCUUCCAGUUGAAUAUGAGAGCUAG